AUGAAGCCCAUGAGCUGCCACGAUCAGGAGCACCCGGCCGAGCUCGCCGCCGCCACGAGCAGCACCGGCUUCGACUGGCUCGAGGACUCCCUUUCCUUCCUCGCCGCAGAUGUUGACAUCGCCGGCGGCUACGGGUGGUGGUGUAACCCCGCGGCGGCGCAGCAAGAUGACAUUGGCAGCGUCGUGGCGCAUACGCUCUCGCCCCCGGCGCCGCUGCCGACGAGCAGUUCGCCCCUGGCGCACGCCUCCCCAAGCAUUGCGUCUCCGGUGGUGUCGUCGCCGUCGGAGCCUUCGUCCAAGAAGCGCAAGUCGCCGGCGCACAGGGCAUCCGGCCAUAGCAGCAGCAACCAGCGUCGCCGCGCUGAGCGGGACAGGCCAGGCGGUGGCGGAAACGGCAAGAAGGGCGGUUCCAAGGGCGGCGGAGCGGGUUCGGAUCGGGACACGAGGUGGGCGGAGCAGCUGCUGAACCCGUGCGCGGCCGCCGUUGAGGCCGGUAACCUGUCGCGGGCGCAGCACCUCUUCUACGUGCUCGGCGAACUCGCCUCCUUCUCGGGCGACGCCAACCACCGCCUGGCCGCGCACGGGCUGCACGCGCUGUCUCGCAGGCUCCCCGCCGCAGUGGGCCCCGCGGCAGCGGCGUCCGUGCGGGUCCCACCCUGCGAGCGCCCCGCGCCGGCGUUCGCGGGCGCCGAGCCCCGGCUGUUCCGCGCGUCGCUCAUCAGGUUCCACGAGGUGAGCCCGUGGUUCGCGCUACCCAACGCGCUGGCCAACGCCGCCAUCGCGCGCGCCGCGGCGGCGGGCGCCCCCCGGCCGCUCCACGUCGUCGACCUCGGCGUCUCCCACGGCGUGCAGUGGCCGACGCUCCUGGAGUCCCUGACCCGCAUGCCCGGCGGCCGCGCACCGCCCUCCGUCCGCCUCACCGUCGUCGCAGCGGGCACCCCGCCGGCGCCCUUCUCAGCGUCGCCGCCGGGGUACGACUUCUCGCCGCACCUCCUCCGGUACGCCAAGUCCAUCAACCUGCCGCUCGCCAUCAGCCGCGCGGCCUGCCUGGACUCGGUGCACAGCCUCGCGGCCCCCGGCGAGGCGCUCGUGGUCUGCCUCCAGUUCCGGCUAGGCCACACCACCGCCGACGAGCGGGCGCGCAUCCUGAACAAGGUCCGGGGCCUCAACCCGGAGCUGGUGGUGCUGUCGGAGGUCGACGGCGGGGGCGUCGACGGCACCGCGGCGGGCGGGUUCGCGGCGAGGCUGGAGCUGCUGUGGCGGUUCCUGGAGUCGACGUCGGCGGCAUUCAAGGGGAGGGACGGGGAGGAGAGGCGGCUGCUGGAGGCCGAGGCGGGCACGUCCGUCGCCGCGGCCGAGGUGGCGGGGGAGGGGAGGGACGCGUGGCGGGAGCGCAUGGCGGCCGCCGGGUUCGAGGAGGCGGCGUUCGGGGACGAGGCGGUGGAGUCGGCCAGGUCGCUGCUGAGGAAGUACGACGGCGGGUGGGAGAUGUCGGCGCCGGCGGGUUCCGCCGGCGCGGUGGCGCUGCGGUGGAAGGCGCAGCCGGUGUCGUUCUGCUCGCUGUGGCGGCCGGCGUGCAGUGCCUGA